UUAUUUUAGAAUUAAGACCAAACCUGAAAUACUGGGUAGGUCUAGAGAACUCUGGAAGCGGUUGGCAAUGGAUUGACAGCAGCACAUCAACUUAUCGAAACUGGGCAAGCUCAACUGCACCAACGACAGGUUGCGUGAUAGCAAAUGCCGCAAAUACAUCGUUUUUUACAUUCUGGCAGUCGUCAAGAUGAGAUGUCCACUACAAGGCUUUUUAGCCAACUGCGUUGAUCGAACAACCAACGGUGUUAGCGACUGUCCUCAACGUGCAAGUCUUUGCAACGACACGGUCUACUUUAAUUAUAUGACAGAGCAAUGCCCAAAAACUUGUAAUCGUACAUGUCCACCAGGUGCUAUUUUAGCAAACACUAAUUGCAAUGAUAAAACUGCUUCCGACGGAACAACUGAUUGCCCACAGCGUGCAUCAUUGUGCCAUGACACGUUUUAUUACGAUUACAUGACAGAUCAAUGUCCGAAAACUUGCGGCCGCUGUCCAACAACAGCAACUUGUAAGUGA